ACCCCCAUCACCCUCUUCUCUUCUCUGCUUUCACCAAAGCUUCUCAUUUUCUUGAUUCUUUAUUGAAGCCCACAUGUGUGUCUAUGAUUAAUUCUUGUUUUUUUUUUUUGUUAACGUAAUGGAACCGAUACGUUUUCCUUAAAUUCUUAGAAUUUGUUUGUUUUUUGUGUACCCAAAGUCAACAUGCAAGCUUUGAAUCAGCUAAGUUGAUUUAUUACGAAGUCCAAGAGCACUUUUUGAGGCCGCCCUUUUUAAUAAAAUUGUUUGCCGAAAAGGGGAAGAACAAACAAAAGAAAAAAAAUUAAAGAUGAAGAAUGAUGAUCAAUCUCUGUUUCUGUUUGGUAUUUCUCUUUCGACCCGACCCAGAUGGCAACAAUUCCUGUUAUGCUCUUCUGGGUUCUUCUUUGGGUAUCUUGUUAAUGGCGUCUGUGAGGAAUAUGUAUAUAAUAGGCUUCAAUUCAGCUAUGGAUGGUACUUUACCUUUGUUCAAGGAUUGGUUUAUGUGGCUCUUAUUCAUUUCCUCAAUGGUUUUACUCCUAAGCAAAUGGUGAACCCGUGGAAGGAUUAUGUUAAGCUCUCUACCGUUCUCAUGGGCUCACAUGGGUUAACAAAAGGGUCUUUGGCUUUCCUCAACUAUCCAGCACAAAUCAUGUUCAAAUCUGCCAAGGUUUUGCCUGUCAUGGUAAUGGGGGCUUUCGUGCCCGGUCUGCGACGAAAAUAUCCACCCCAUGAAUAUGUUUCGGCAGUACUCUUGGUAGCAGGCCUGAUUCUUUUCACUUUGGCUGAUGCACAAACCUCGCCAAAUUUCAGCUUAAUUGGUGUGCUAAUGAUAUCUGGUGCUUUGGUUAUGGAUUCUUUUGUGGGGAAUUAUCAAGAGGCAAUCUUCACGUCUAAUCCUAACACAAUACAGAUGGAGAUGCUCUACUGCUCAACAAUUGUCGGCUUUCCUAUCUUGUUUGUGGCUAUGAUUGUAACAGGAGAACUAAGGAUAGCAUGGCCUGCAUGUGCUCAGCAUCCCUAUGUUUACGGAGUCUUGGUGUUUGAAGCCUGCGCUACUUUCGUGGGGCAAGUGUCUGUCCUUUCCCUCGUAGCAAUAUUUGGUGCUGCCACUACUACAAUGAUUACAACUGCAAGGAAGGCUGUAACAUUAUUGCUUUCAUACUUGAUAUUCACAAAGCCUUUGACCGAACAACAUGGUACUGGAUUGCUGUUGAUGUGUAUGUGCAUCAUAAUGAAGAUGUUGCCUGAAAACAAACCCCCGCAUCCUAGGCCGCAGAAAAUUAUCCCUCUUCAACAAACUGAGAAACCUCGCGAGACUGAAGAUAACAGAUUUCAGAUAGGCAUUGAAGAGGAAGAAGAGAAGAGACCUUUGGUCUAAAACAAAAAGUAGAGACUCUAGCUUAGUCUAUUAUUUCAAUUUUGAUUAGCUUUCAUAGUUGUAAUAUGGCAACAAAAUGCUAGGCUCUUUUAAAAAAAAAUAUAAUAUAUAUAUACUUUAUUGC